AUUUCAGAUCGAUUCUUUCCUGGACAUGAUGAUGUCGCUGAUGUCGUCGCAACAAUCUUGAUAUGGAAUCGUAUGUGUUUUUCAUCAUCAUCGUCAGAGAAUCUAAUGAAAAUCAAAAUUGUGGUCGAAGACAGAGGAAUAGGAAGUUGCAGUGCAAACCAGAGCCCCAAAUUGAAGAGUUGAAAAUGGAGAAGGUGAGGCUGAUACCAUGUCCACUUAAGGAAAACAGACUUAUUUCUUGUUUCUGUACUACAGUCUGUCAAACUUGGGACAAGAGAAACAAACUUGUCUAUGCUGAAGAUGAUUUGGAUGUGUUAAGAAAUGAGUGGGCAAAGUUCAUCAUCAGCAAAUACUUGUAUGGUGCAUGA